GAGCAGCGGGCAUCACCCCCCCCCCAUCGGGGCGCUCCCCCCCCCCCGGUCUUUCGCGACGCCCCCGGGAGCGCUGGGCCCGGCCCGGCCCCGGCCAUGCUCGGCCUGGAUGUGUGCGAGGCCGGCGGGCAGCUCCUGGAGCUGCUGUGGCUGGCGCUGUGCUACCGAGACAUCAUGGCUGACAAGGAGGGGGUGACGCUGUCGCUGGAGGAGGAGGACGAUGCCGACGUGGCCCUGGCGUACAAGACGCCGGCGAAGAAGAGCCUGCAGGAGAUCCAGCAGCUGGACCCGGGGGAUGAGAGCCUGCGGAAGUACAAGCAGGCACUACUGGGCACCAUCCCCGCGGCCGUGGAUGCCAGCGUGCCCAACGUGCAGGUGACGAAGCUCACCCUGAUGUGUGAGCAGGCGCCGGGGCCCAUCACCAUGGACCUUACAGGAGACCUGGAGGUGCUGCAGAGCCGUCCCUUUGUGCUGAAGGAGGGGGUGGACUACAGGGUGAAGGUGUCCUUCAAGGUGAACAGGGAGAUCGUCUGCGGGCUGAAGUGCCUGCACCUCACGUAUCGCCGCGGCCGGCCGGUGGACCGCGAUGUCUUCAUGGUGGGCAGCUACGCGCCGCGGGCCGAGGAGUAUGAGGUGGUGACGCCAGCUGAGGAGGUGCCCCGGGGCCGGCUGGUGCGCGGCUCCUACCGCGUCCGCUCCCUGGUCACCGACGAUGACAAGACGGAGCACCUCUCCUGGGAGUGGGGCCUGUGCAUAAAGAAGGCCUGGGAGGACUGA